UGACACUUCCACUGAGUCGCGGCCUCUCCCCUGGACCGUCCCCGUCUUUCUCCUGCUUUUAUCGGCUAAAACAAGCUAACGGACCGCCGGACAGAACCGGACCGAACUCUGGGCUCUUCUCUUCGGCUGCGGUGUCUGACGGCGUCGGUAACACCGGAAACAGCGGCUUGUUAAACAUUAAACACUUCCAUGACGUACUUGUAGUGUGUGCGGUGAUGGAGGAGAGCUGCUGUUAGAUUUUAAAUAAGUGUAAAGUGACUCGGACCGCAGCUCGUUAGCUAACAUCACCGGAUCACCUCCAUCGGUGGUUUCCAUCGCUUUAACCCGCAGCAGCAGCAGCCAUGGCCGGGGGACGGACCGCUCUGCUUCUCCUGCUGUGUUCGUGUUUCCACCGCGGAGGAUCCUUCAACCUGGAUGUGGACAAACCGUCCGUGUUCUCCGGACCGGAGGGCAGCUACUUCGGCUUCUCGGUGGACUUCUUCAAGACCUCGGACAACCAGAAGUCAGAUGUUCUCAUUGGAGCUCCUCGGGCGAACACCUCCGGCGUUGUGGUGGAGAGGGGGGCGGUGUACAGCUGUCCCUGGAAGAGCUCAGCCUGCCAGCAGCUGCAGUUCGACAGCUCAGAUGACAGGAAGAAUGACGCAGGAGUUCCGAUGGAGUUUAAAUCCAAACAGUGGUUUGGUGCCUCGGUACGAUCUGAUGGAGAACACAUCCUGGCCUGUGCUCCUCUGUAUCAAUGGUCGACUUUUGGCGUCUCCGAGCGAGAGCCGGUGGGAACGUGUUACCUGAAGAAAGGAUCGACGGUGGUCGAGUACUCGCCCUGCAGAUCAAAGUUAAGCUCACCUGAGGGACAGGGCUUCUGCCAGGCCGGCUUCAGUGCCGAUUUCUUAAAGGACAAAAGAGUGGUGGUGGGAGGACCUGGCAGCUUCUACUGGCAGGGUCAGCUGAUUUCUGAUGACGUCUCUGAGAUCUUCGCCCGGUUUGAUGGACACCUCUACACCACGUACGCAAACACUCUUGCCACCGGGUCGGCCAUCGCUCAGUAUGACGACAGUUACCUCGGGUACUCUGUGACGGUCGGAGACUUCAACAAUGACGGAAAAGAAGAUUAUGUGACCGGAGUUCCUCGUGGGGACAAAGCACUGGGUUAUGUGAACAUCUUCAACGGCGCCAACAUGGAGUCCAUGGUGAACUUCACAGGAACACAGAUGGCGGCCUACUUUGGACAUUCAGUUGCUGCCACUGAUGUUAAUAACGAUGGUCUGGUGGAUGUGCUGGUUGGAGCUCCUCUCUUUAUGGACAGAGUGGCCAAUGGAAAACUGAGGGAGGUCGGACAGGUGUCGGUGUACCUGAGCAAGGGAGGGUUUUCCUUCCAACAUCCUCAGUUGCUCACAGGGUCGGAUGAUUACGCCAGGUACGGCUCUGCCAUCGUAGCGCUGGGAGACCUGGACAAGGACGGCUUCAACGAUGUGGCCAUCUCUGCUCCUUAUGGAGGCCCCGACCGUCACGGUUUGGUCUACAUCCACAAUGGCCGCCCUGGAGGACCUGACCCCACACCUUCACAGGUCCUGCAGGGGAAGUGGGCGUCCAGCUACAUGCCGGCUAGCUUUGGAUAUGCCAUGUCUGGAAACACUGACAUAGACCAGAAUGGAUACCCAGAUUUAAUAGUGGGAGUGUUCGGAGCAGACAAAGCUGUUUUAUACAGAGCACGUCCAGUGAUCAGUGUGAACGCCACCUUAGACAUAACGCCUCUGAUCAUCAACCCAGAGGAGAAGACCUGCACACUCCCUGGUACCAGCACCAUGGUGUCCUGUUUUAAGGUGAAGUACUGUCUGAAGGCCAACGGAUUCGGAGCUCCAGCUGCUCUCAAUUUCCGUGUGGACCUCCUGUUGGACCGUCUGAAGCAGAAGGAGGCGACCAAACGUGUCCGUUUCCUGCAUGGUGGGACCUUCCAGUACUCCAAGAACAUGACGGUGACCAACGGCAAAACCCCGGCCUGUGAGGAGCAGGAGGUCUUCCUGAGGGAUGACCGUGAGUUUCGGGAUAAGAUCACGCCCAUCUCCGUGGCGAUGGAGUACAAACUGGACUACCAGCUAGCUGCAGAUCAAACGGGACUGCUGCCCAUCAUCGACAUGUCUGCGCCGUCCAACGUCACCAAGCAGGCUCACAUCCUGUUGGAUUGUGGAGAUGACAACAUCUGCAAACCUGACCUGAAGCUGUCGGUGAAGAGCGACCGUGAGCAGAUCUACAUCGGCGACGACAACGCUCUGACUCUGGAGAUCAGCGCUGAGAAUCAGGGAGAGGGAGCCUACGAGGCCGAGCUCCACGUCUACCCUCCACAACAGGCCGACUUCACCGGUGUUGUCCGCAGUCAGGCCCUUAGCAGAUUGUCGUGCGCCUACAAGAAGGAGAACCAGACCAAGAUGGUGGUGUGUGACCUGGGAAACCCCAUGAAGGGAGGAACCAAGGUGCUGGCAGAGUUGCGGUUCAGCGUGCAUCAGCUGUCAGAGGAGGACACCUCAGUGAAGUUUGACCUGCAGAUAGUCAGCUCCAAUCAGUUCGACAAUGUGAGUCCUCGAGUCUCCAGUGUCACCAAGCUGGCUGUCCUCGCUAAAGUCUCAAUCAGAGGAACGUCAUCUCCCAGUCAAGUGCUUCUUCCCAUCGCCAAUUGGAAACCUAAAGAUCCUCCUGUGGUCGGAGACGACAUCGGACCACAGAUAGUUCACGUCUACGAGCUCCUGAACAGCGGGCCCAGUACCAUCAGUAAAGCAUCUCUGGAAAUCGAUUGGCCGUACCGCUAUAAGAACGACUCGCUGCUCUACAUCACCAGCUUCGAAACAGACGGACCGAUCAACUGCACCACCGACGUGGAGAUCAACCCACUCAACGUCUCGAACCCGCUGUCCUCGGGGAAGAACACCAGUGGGGUUCCAACCAGAGAACGAGACACAGAGGGACGGAACCGAAACCAAGCCCGACGCAAGAGAGACCUGGAGUCAAGAGACGCACAGAACGACCUACAAACACUGGACUGCAGUACAGCAGCGUGUCAGCGGCUGAGAUGCCAGGUCGGUCGUCUGGAAAGGAGGAAGAACGCCAUCCUCUUCAUCUACUCCAGACUGACUGUCAACAACUUCCUCAGGACUGAGAAUCAGAAUCGUUCAUAUGCGGUUCGAUCGACGGCCUCCUUCAUUGUCAUUGAGAUGCCAUACAAGAACCUGGUGUCGGACCUACCGUCUAAUAGCACUACUGUGAGUCUGUCGGUGAUGUGGGUGACAGAAGAGACUCAGCCGGUGCCCGGUUGGGUGGUGGCUCUGGCUGUACUGGCAGGACUGCUGCUGCUGGCGCUGCUCAUCUUCAUCAUGUACAAGUUGGGUUUCUUUAAGCGUGUCCGCCCCCCCCAGGAGGACUGCACAGAGAAGGAGCAGCUGCAGCCAGAGGAGAACGGCAACACUGACGCCUAGAGGUCAAACUGUGUUCGAACAGACAGGAAGUCCAGGAGAGAAAAAAAAUUCAGGGUAAAAUGGACGCGGAGAGAAUUUCACUGUAUUCACUGUUGAGUGGCAGAUAAUGGUACUGGUUUAAGAUAUAGUAAGGGUUGUUUUUUGUUAAACGAGUGUUGUGUUUGUGCCAAAAGAGAAGCUCCACCUGAGCUCCACCUGUCGCAGGUGAAACCCUCACAGCUCAAUAUUAAAAGUCAACAGUUUAAGGAGUAGUUUGGGAAUCAGAGAGUCAGAUGUUCAGUUUGAUUCAGUUCUCACAUCUGUACAGUAAAUAUGAAGCUACAACCAGCAGUUGGUUAGCUUAGCUUAGCAUAAAAACUAAUAUGAUUAAUUCAUAUAUUUUGUGCUGUUAGGAGGAUUUUUGUUACCUUAGUUGCUUUGCUAAGCGAACCAGGAGCUUCAUAUUUAUGGGAACAAAUAAAAGACUUAAGUAUUUUAAUUUCAACAACCACUUAAUAUUAAAUAUUGAAAUUAAAAUAUCACUGAAUAUAAAGCAUUAAGAUAUUUUACUUAAAAAACAUGCAUCUUAAUUUAUUUGUUUUAAAUUCACCUCCUUGAAAUUAAAAUAUGAAUUUAAUUGAUUUGCAAUUUCAAAGCAGAAUUUGAAGAUAUUUUUGUCAACAUUCAAAAAUUCAAGUUUAAAAAAGAAAAAAAAACAUUUUUCAAGUUUCAUAUUUCAAGUUUUUUAAAAUAAUUAAGUAAAUAAAUAAGGUUUUUUUUUCUGCUUUAACUUUUGGAUUUGAAUUUCAGCAAUCAAAUUUUAGCAACCUGAAUAUGUUUGUUGAAUUGUAAAAGUUCAACCUUUGAUCCAAAUUUGUGAACAUUGACAAAAAAUAUAUUCAAAUUCAGCUGUCGAUAUUUUUAAUUAUUGCUUUAUUUUCAAAGAAGUGAAUCCACAACAAAUAAUUCCGAUACUUAACAGAUACAGAUACAGAACGCCUCAUGGGUCAAAACUCGGUGUUUGUAAAUGAAACAUUGGUGUAAUUUAUGUUGACAUUGGAGGUUUUCGUCGCACCAGAGCUUGUGGAGUUUGGCUUGAUAUUUAAUUUGCACAUUUUGUUUUCCAAACCCAAAAUAAUUGAUGAACUGUAGGGGCUUGUUGCCCAGAAAGUCCAGAACUGCUGAUAAAUUUGAUGUAUUUUUUUUAUCCUGCCCCGAGCAACAAACCUGUUUUCUACAAGAACAGAACAGUGAACUGUUGUUGCCGUAGUUUAUCUUCUGUGGAUUUAUAAAGAUUUACAUCUGAAUCUGAGACCGUCUGAGAUGAGAUUCUGCUCAAUGAUUACCGGGUAAGGUAUUUUCAUUAGCUUCCACAAAGGGCUAGCUCAUCUUCCCAGUAAUCAUGUAUAAUACUAAACACAAUACAAAGUAACAGCAAUUUUUAAAAAUCACAAUCAAACGAAAAGGCAUAAUUUAUUGAAAACUUGCAACGAAAACAAAAAAGCACAUGUCAGUGCUAAGCUAAGCUAAGCAAAAAAAAAACCAAAUCAAUUGAUGAAGCAGAUGAUUUCUGGUCGUCAUCGCAGCCUUUAUACUUCUGAAACGACUGCCCUGUUCAGGUGCUGUUCGUGAUUAAUUCCAACAGCAAUAAUGCAGCAAUAUGAAAUUUGAAUGGUUGGCAAUAAGUGUCUGAUAAUCUGCAUUCAGCUCUUUAUUUUUGGAUAAAGAUGGUUUCGUUUGCUACGAUAUGGGAAAAUGAGGAGUGUUACAGUAAUAUAUUUACCCUGAUAUAUUCUUUUUGCUUCAUGUGUGUUGGGGGGCGGGGGUUGGGGUUCUUUGGGAUGCUGGUUUGGGUGUUUUCAGUAUUUUUUUUUUUUAUGUAUUUAAAAAAAAAAAAAAAAAAAAAAACGAUCAUGAGUCCGACUCAUUUCAACAAGAUUUAGAAAUUGUUUUGCAAAGUUUGUUCAGUAGUUUUUGUAAGAAAAUGAUGUUUGGCUGGAAAAUCAAUGCAAGUCAUGAGUCUGUCAUUUGUAAAAUUGACAGUUCGCUAAACCCCGCCCCAAAAAUAGUGAUGUCAAACCACAGCCAGGCACAACAGGUCUGUCAGUAUUCAGAUUUUUAACGGUGUGCAAGACGCAUUAAAAAAAAAAACACAAGUGAAAUAAAAAUAUUAAACUGCUAUAAAUUAAACUGCAGUCCCUAGCAUGUCCAGCUAGCUAGCUUACAACCUAUAGUAGUAAGCGUUACCCCCAAGGCUAAGAGUUAGCAUGUCAUAAGCUAAUGACAGUAAGUUGUUGGGUUAGGUUAUGAUUUUUGAAGUUUUUAAACUUAAUAUUAAAGUCAGCCGGAGACAUAUGUAGUGGAACAUUAGCUUAAUUAGCUAGCUAGCUAGCCACAUUUUAUUAACUGUGGCUUGCUAGCUACAGUUAAUAAAAUGUUGUUCGAAAUGAGAUCCUGCUUUUGUUUACUACUGUGAGAAUUUGAGAAUCCUUUUUUUUUUUAAAAAUUACUAAGAACUUUUACGGUAAAUCUGCCACCGUUUUAAUUUUAAAGUGUACGAGUGCCAUACGAGAAUGGGAAAUGCUAACAGGCGUAGCAAAGGUUAUAGCAAAGGCUUAUGGAACAGUCAGUCAGCUACUGUUGGAUCUUUACCGCCCUGCACUGAAGCCUUUGUUCCUCCACUUCUUUUUUACUUUAAUUCCUCGUACUUUAUCUCCGAUAUCAGAGUCAAGACUGUUAGCUUUAGCCUCUGUGUGUUAGCGUGAUGUCUUGUAGCCAUAAAGUUUAGAUUAAAUACCAGUUAAAGAAUAUAAAAAGUAUAAAUAUAAAAAGUCAGCAGGAGACUGUUUUUUAACGAACCCAUAGAGCUAAUAUUAGCUUUAUUAGCUAGCUAGCUACAGCUAAUAGAAUGUAGGUAGAAAUGAGAAUUUGUGGAGAAUCUGCCACCAUUAUCAUUUUAAACUGUACAUGUGCCAGCAGCAUUGACCACAGAGGGCGGGGCUUAACGAACAGUCAGAUAGCUACAGUUGGAUCUUUCCCGCCCUGCACUGAGGCUUCCUUGUUCUUCUACUUAUGAUUUUUCUAAUAGUAUUAUUUGUCAUCAGAUUUCAUGAGUGGCAGCUUUGCUGAGAAACAAAAACGCGAGAGGCAGGUUGCCAUUUUCUGUUGGUAUGAGUGACUUUGAGUGUGUGAAUAUAAAUAUAUAUAAAAAAGAAAGAAAAAAAACUUUGCUAUGAAUUUGCCCAUAUUGGGUUCGCAUCAUGAAUUACUGUUCAAGGUUGAUGAUAAUUUUAGAAAAUAUAUUAAUCCAUUUAACAGUCACAAUGAAAUAACUCCACAGGAACACUUUUAGCACAUUAUACAUCUUGUUUUAAUCUUACGCUUUCAUGUCUGUCGUCCCGCUGAAUAUCCUCUGCUGAUGUCACUUCUGCCGUCAUUAUUUUGUUUGCAGCUCUUUGUUUGACAGCAGAUGUUAGGGAUGUACUUAUACUACUGUUGGACGUUAGUGUCACAGAUCACUCCAGAUACAAAAUAUUGUGGCUUCCAAAUAAGUUCAAAAACAGCCGCCCGCAGACGCCAUAACAGGAGAUAAGAUGAACUCACUGAUUUGUUUAAUUGGUGCAUUAAAGUGACUCAAAAAUAAUGGGAAACUAGGACUUGGUAGGUCCGUUAAUUAAAGGUCAUAAAUGUUCAGUAUGAGCUCAGUAGAUAUUUCGUCAGGACGGAGAGACUCACUGCACUGUAGAAACUUUUAUAAAGGUUUUUUUUAAGGACGUUGGUGUUUAAAUUAGUGAAAUACUUUUCAGCCUUUCAGCAGAGUUCAGCAGGACUGAAGUCUCUUCACUCCGUCACUUCAAAAUAUAAAAACAAAAGCUGCAGUUUACUGAAAAAUCUGUGGUCAGACGUUCUGCUCUGAGGACAAAUACAGACAGCCGAGUUACAGAUAACGUUAGAAAAAUAAAAUAAAAUCAGAGCCUAAAAAUACGUAAAAUUAACUGAAGACAGAAUCGAACCUUCCCGAACUGACUGAACAGAGUCGUCUGUCUGUCUGUCUGAGGGGUUUUCACUGUAUUUUAUAUUAAAUACCGCCAUCUUUGUCUGUCUUUCUGCCAUCAGAACAUGUGGACUAUUUUUGAUGUAUGUGUUCUUUCACCUAGAGAAUAAAAAAAUUACUAUUUCAUAAGGAGAUGAUUUCACCUUUGAACUGAAAUAAACUGAUUUCUUCACA